AUGAUCCUGCCACUGACUCCGGAGCUGGGGGUGGCGGAGCACGUGCGCUACGAGAGCACGGGCCCGGCGCUCUGCACCGUGGUCUUCCUGCUCGUGUACUUCUUCGGCAUGGCCAGCUCCAUCUGGUGGGUCAUCCUCUCGCUCACCUGGUUCCUGGCGGCCGGCAUGAAGUGGGGCAACGAGGCCAUCGCGGGCUACGCGCAGUACUUCCACCUGGCCGCCUGGCUGCUGCCCAGCGUCAAGUCCAUCGCCGUGCUGGCGCUCAGCUCCGUGGACGGCGACCCCGUGGCCGGCAUCUGCUACGUGGGCAACCAGAGCCUGGAGAACCUGCGCGGCUUCGUGCUGGCGCCGCUGCUCAUCUACCUGGCGCUGGGCUGCAUGUUCCUGCUGGCCGGCUUCGUGAAAGCCUUCGAGUAUGGCUUCGAUACCUGGGUUAAAGUCUCAAUUACUGAGCUACAGGAAACUUGA